GGUGGUACCUGAUGAUGAAGGUUUAGACUUUGUUGGGGGAUUUAGAGGUAGAGUUGUUUUGAUAAGUUGUAGAAAUGAGGCGGUGAUUGGGGAGCGUUAUGUGAAUAGGAUGAUUGGAUUGUUGACCAGGUACCACCCCAGUACUAUCGGUGUUAUAAUUGGACCUUCCAAGGACAAUUAUACUUUAAAUGCAAAAAAUAUAGAAUUAUCAACUCGAUAUAACAUUGUCCUAACAGAUAAAUUCGACAUUUUGUCAGAUCAAAAUGUUGAAUCAAAAAUAAUUCUCGACUUUUCUCCUAUAGAUUCAUUCAUUCAUAUCCUUAUCUUUUUACCACAUUAUAUUCUGCACAGUAACGAUUCUACACAACAUAAUGAGCAUGAAGAAUCAGUGAAUGGUUUAUCAAUUCCAAGACUAAUUACAACAACUACUACUACAUACACAAUCCCACCUCCACCAUAUGAAUUCAUCAUUCUAAUUGUUUUUUAUCCGAUCCUUUGA